AUGUACGGCAUGCUCCUCGAAAGCAUCCAGCACUACGUGCAGGCGGAAUACGGCGAAGAUGUGUGGUUCAGAGCCCUAGAAGAAAUCGGGUUCAAAAAUGCAGUUUUCACUUGCCAUAAAGUUUACCCGGAUUGUAUUAUCCCGCAGCUGGCCGAAGCGUGCAGCAGGCAAAUCCGGCAGCCAGAUAAGUUGGAUGACUUUUUGUGUUUUUUCGGGCAGUGCUUUGUAAGGUUCUUUACGCAUUACGGGUAUGAUACCCUCAUCAGGGCGUCCGGGAGGUACUUCAGGGAUUUUCUGAACGGGAUUGAUAACCUCCACCACCAAAUCCGGUUCAGUUAUCCGAAAAUGCAGAGCCCUUCUUUUUAUGUGGAAAGGGAGGACAUUGGAGGAGCCCGGCUGCAUUAUACGUCAAAGAGGUCCGGAUUUGGGUAUUAUGUGAAAGGGCAGUUGGUUCAGAUCGCCCAGACUUUCUAUGGACUUGACCUUGAGGUAACCAUUUUAACUGACGAAGAUGAUGAAAAUAAAACCAGUGGAUGCCAUCUUAUAUAUGAUUUAAGAUUCGACAAUACCCCUUACCAAGAAGCACAGACUGCCCGUAGGAAUAUGAUAGAACAUACGGAUUUGGUGCCGGUUUCGAACGUAUAUUUGUUUCAACUCUUCCCCUUUGCCAUCGCCUUCGAUCGAACCAUGACCAUUCGCCAAGUUGGGGAAAAAGUUCGAGAAUUAUUCGGUGGUGAAGAGAUGAUCGGAUUGAAAAUUAACACUUUCUUCAUCAUGCACAGACCAAGAGUUGCAUUCACAUGGGACAAAAUUUAUAUUCUGCAGAAAGUAGUGGUAGAGCUUGAAUGUUUGAAUUCUCGCUUCACCAAACAUCCUAUCGCCGAUCGUAGAAACAGCGCUUCUACGAGGAAUUUGUUGCUGAAAGGACAGAUGCGGCUCAUCGAAGAAUGGGAUGCUAUAAUUUAUCUUUGUGUGCCUUUAUUGAGCAAUUUGCAAGAGAUGCAAGAAGUUGGACUAUACCUAACUGACUUGUGUCUGCAUGACAGUAGUAGAGAAAUCGUCUUGGCUGGUUUUCAACAUCUAGCAAGACUCGAAAUAUCGUUCGAAAAGCAAGAAGAGCGGAGUAAGAAAUUAGAACAGAACCUGAAGAUGCUGGACGAAUGGCAACAGAAAGGGGAUGACCUUUUGUAUUCCAUGAUUCCGAAAGCAGUAGCCCUAAGGCUGAGAAAUGGAGAAAACCCCAUUGGCACUUGUGAGUCGUUUGAUGAAGUGACUGUCCUCUUUGGGGAAAUAGUGGAAUUUUCGGAGCUGUGCUCGCGCUUAAGUGCAAUGGAAGCCAUGACUUGUAUCAACGAUAUUUUUUCAUUGUUCGAUAAAGUCACUGAUGCUUAUAACGUAUUCAAGGUAGAAACUGUUGGUCAAGUGUACAUGUUAGUAAGCGGGGCCCCUGAAAGGAGACCAGAUCACGCCCAGAACGUGGCCAGGGCAGCUCUGGACAUGGUUGAGCAAGUAGAUCAACUUAGCACUACCUAUGGCGGAGAAAAAGUUCAAGUCAGAAUAGGUAUGCAUUCCGGUCCAGUUGCUGCAGGUGUCGUAGGAUUGAAAAUGCCUAGAUAUUGUCUCUUUGGUGAUACUGUAAACACAGCAGCGAGAAUGCAAACUCAUGGAGAAGCGGGAAAAGUUCAAAUUAGCGAGCCUUGUCAUAAUCAUCUGAAACAUGAUUUCAAAACCGAACCAAGGGGACCAAUGAAAAUAAAGGGAAAAGGACAUAUGAAUACAUUUUGGCUGAAAGGAAUGGUAAAAGAAAAAUGAACUUUGUCCCCAAAGCUGUGGAGGCAGUGCAGAAUACGGUGAAAGACCCUGACCCAUCUCCCACGAACUUGUUGUUGGCAUUGUCAUACUAUUCGGAGACAUCGCUUUGAAACGUU